AUGGCGCCUUCUGUUGUCUCUGACAUGUUCGAGCCCGUUAGCCUCCCGCAUGACGGCGCGAUUGAGCUGCCUCGCGCUGGCACCCAGGAGGGUGCGCCGGCCUUUGAGAAGGCCGGUGACGACGCCAUCGGGAAGUGGGAGGGCUUCUCCUUCGAGCCGAUCCGCGAAUCGCAGGUGUCCCGAGCCAUGACCCGGCGCUACUUUGCCGAUCUGGACGCCUUUGCCGAGUCCGACAUUGUCAUUGUGGGCGCUGGCUCGUGCGGUCUCAGCACGGCCUAUGUGCUGGCCAAGGCGCGCGGUGACCUCAAGAUCGCCAUUGUCGAGGCCGGCGUGGCGCCCGGAGGCGGAGCCUGGCUGGGCGGCCAGCUCUUCAGCGCCAUGGUGAUGCGCAAGCCUGCGCACAAGUUCCUCGCCGAGAUAGGCGUGCCGUACGAGGACGAGGGGUCCUAUGUGGUUGUCAAGCACGCCGCCCUCUUCACCUCGACCCUGCUGUCCAAGGUGCUGGCGUUCCCCAACGUCAAGCUCUUCAACGCCACGACCGUCGAAGACCUGAUCACCCGCCGUGACGAGAGCGCUCCAGGCGGGGUCCGCAUCGCGGGCGUAGUCACGAACUGGACCCUCGUGUCCAUGCACCAUGAUGACCAGUCGUGCAUGGACCCCAACACCAUCAAUGCCCCAGUGGUCAUCAGUACAACGGGCCAUGAUGGGCCCUUCGGUGCCUUCUCCGUCAAGAGACUCGUGACCAUGCAGGCCGUCGAGCGGCUGGGCGGCAUGCGUGGCCUCGACAUGAACGCAGCCGAGGACGCCAUUGUCAAAGGCACGCGCGAGAUUGUGCCGGGCUUGAUUGUCGGCGGUAUGGAGCUCAGUGAGGUUGACGGCGCGAAUCGCAUGGGACCUACCUUUGGGGCUAUGGCGCUCUCUGGCGUCAAGGCUGCUGAGGAGGCGCUUCGCGUGUUUGAGCUGCGCAAGAACCAGAACGCCAUUUGA